GCUUUUUCUUCUGUUUUUUUUAGUGAUUUUGGGUUCUUGUUCGUAGUACUUCGAUGGGUUUUUCUUGAUUUUUAAAGUUUUAAACUCUUCAAGAAGUUUCUUGGAGGCCCAUUUGAUGAAAACAUGAAUGGCUGUAUGAUGUUUUUUGUUCUCUGUUUUGUUUUAAUUUCUUUCCUUGUUUGCUUUUUUUGUGACUUUGUAGAGGUAUAGAAAACCCUUGCGAGUUUCGGUUCUCUUUCAGCCGUGUUUCAUUUGGGUGGUUUUUGUUGGUGGUGUGUUGUUUUCCGAUGGUUCUGCUGUUGUCUAGCUUUUAUCAACUUGUUCUCUGUUGCUGUUGUUUUCCUUCUUUUAUCAAUGUUAUGCUGUUAAUUGCAAUAUUUGAGUACUACACACUUUUAGUAUUGUAACUGUCUAGCAGCUGGAAUUCUAGUGAUUUGUGUAUAAUUGCCUGUCCUCAUUCCAAUCCAGUGAGUUCAGGGUGGUUCCGCCAAAGGAUGAUGGAACGUUUUCGUUCUUUGUUCUUAUUGGUUUUGCAUAUUAGUUCAUCUUCUUGAUGUGAAAAAAGAGAGUUCAGAUCUAUUUCUGAUGUUCUCUCUUCGGACACACACACACCCCCCCAAGAAAAAGGCAAAAGAAAAGAAAGGAAAAAGAAAAAGGGAAGAGGAGGAAAAAAAUGAGAGAAGACAGCAAGACCACAUGAGACUGAUGAUCAUAAUACAUUGCCUGCAAGAUGUUCCUGUUUCCUGAUACUGACAAAGGACCAAAGGAUGGUUCAUAAAGCCGAUUUGGUUAUUAUUGGCAUCUCUGUUGGCUUGGCCGUGGGCAUACUCAUAGCCUCGCUUGUUUUUUUUGGCAUUUGUUGGUACAAGAAACGUGCUCAUCUUCGGCGCUGUGCAAAUGAUCGUUCUGCUGCUACCCUUCCUAUACGUACUAACGGCUUAAAUACAAGCAUCGACUCAAGUGCACCUCUUUCCAGUUUUGUGACUAUCAAGGGAAAUCUCACCCAAAAACCUCAGCGUUUUUGGUGGAACAAUCAUAGCAAAGAUCGAUUAGCUUCUGUAUCUGGUAUUUUGAGAUACUCUUACAAAGACAUUCAGAAGGGGACAGAGAACUUCACAACUAUCCUUGGGCAGGGUUCAUUUGGCCCGGUUUAUAAAGCUAAAAUGCCUGCUGGUGAAGUGGUUGCUGUGAAAGUUCUUGCUUCAAAUUCAAAACAAGGCGAAAAGGAGUUUCAGACAGAGGUUUCUUUGCUGGCUAGACUGCAUCAUCGAAAUUUGGUGAAUUUAGUUGGAUACUGUAUUGAUAAAGGGCAACGCAUGUUAGUUUAUGAGUACAUGAGAAAUGGAAGCUUGGAAAACCUUAUAUAUAAUGAUGAGGAACAAGUCUUGAGUUGGGAAGAUCGACUUCAAAUAGCACUGGACAUUUCACAUGGCAUUGAAUAUCUUCACGACGGGGCAGUGCCUCCUGUGAUACAUCGAGAUUUGAAGUCAGCUAACAUAUUGCUGGAUCAUUCUAUGAGAGCAAAGGUUGCUGAUUUUGGGCUGUCGAAGGAAGAGGUCUUCGAUGGUCAUAACUCUGGCCUCAAAGGUACAUAUGGUUAUAUAGACCCUGUGUAUAUAUCCACAAACAAUUUCACAACAAAAAGCGACGUGUACAGCUUCGGCAUUAUUCUCUUUGAGCUCAUCACCGCCAUCCACCCGCACCAGAACUUAAUGGAAUACGUUAAUCUGGCGGCUAUGAGCUCAGAUGGUGUGGAUGAAAUAAUCGACACAAAAAUAGUGGGGAAAUGCAACUUGGAAGAAGUGAGGAGCCUAGCCAAAAUCGCUCACAGAUGCUUGCAUAAAACCCCUAGAAGGCGCCCUUCAAUUGGAGAAGUCUCCCAGGCUAUUAUAAAGAUAAAACAGAGACGACUAGUUAAAGAAGAUACUUUCUCGUUUGUCAGAGAAGAUUUGUCAAGAGCCGUGAGCCAGAUAGAAUGCCAGCAACUCGAACUCAGAAGAAUGGUCAGCAUCGAUGAAAGGCAAAACGAGUAACAUUUGUUGUACUGGACUCCAACUUAAUUCUUUUCCACUUAUACCAAAAAUGUCUGUAUACACGGUUUUGAUAUCGUUUUAGGCAAUCCGGUUACGACCAGGAUGGUGGUACCGGUGGAGAUCAAAAUGCAGUUUGCUUGGAUCAAUACUGAGAUUUUGAAGUAUAAAUGCUCUUCCAUUUCUCUUGCUCUUGGA